CCAUUGGCUCGCUUCACUAUGAACUUUGGCUCACUUCCUCACUUUGGCGAAAAGGCAAAAAGGUGGUUUAAUGGUAGGUUUAUUAAUUUUAAAACUUCUUAGUGGGAAGGAGUUAUUGCAGUCUGUUUUCGAAUCCGCCGUACAGUCUCGUCUUAGAAAUAUGGAUGACGGCGCCUUGGAGGAACCGGCUGCCUCCACCGACACUCGCGCCAGACAAGCCCCAGUUAUAGAGCGCCUCUCCCGGUAUGGCGUGCCGGUCAUGUCCGGUGCGUCUAACCGGAGGUCGAGGCUGCUGCAGAGGCGGCAAGAAGACCAGACGGGGAGAGCUGCAGCAGGUCAUGACCGCGCUUCCUUCACACCUGCCCUGCGAAAUGCAUUGACCUUCCAGCGGGACCUCCCCUGGGCUUUGUACCCCAUGGAGCACGCGUGGAUGCUGUCCGCCGUGGAGGGAAACUACGACACCCUCUUGGAGUUCGUCUCCGAGGACCCGCUUCUCCUCACCAGGCGGGACUUCAUCAGCGGAUACUCGGUCCUCCACUGGCUGGCCAAGAGCGGCCGGGACGACACCCUCCUCAAGCUGCUCCACCACGCCGAGAAAGCGGGCGGCGGGGCUUCGGUGAGCGUCGACGUGCGGGGCAGCGGCGGACUCACCCCGCUGCACGUCGCCAGCAUGCACGGUCACGACACGGUCGUCAAGCUGCUGGUGGGGGCUUUCGGCGCCAACGUGGACGCCAUGGACUACAGCGGUAGGCGGGCCUGGCAGUACCUGCGGCCGGACGCGCCGGUGGAGUUGAAGGAGCUGCUCGGGAUGUGGGAUGACGAGCACGCCGGUGGAGGCUCGACGAAUGCGAAUAAGAACUGCAAUAACAGCAGCGGGGUUGUUGUCGCCGCACCGUGUGAGCAAGUAGACGGACUGCCCGCACACGUCAACUCGCUUCGCAGGACGAGGUUCGGAAUUUUGAGGAUGUUCUCCUUUCGUGCCAACAGACGCUGAACACUACCUUGGAAUAGGAGUGUCCAUUAAAUUAUUGAAAUAAAAUUAAGCAAUGUGAGAAAAAGCUUACAUUUCAUACUAAUGUGAUAUUGAUCCAACCCAAGCUAAACAUACACACGUGUCCCUAAUUAACAGCUAAGCACAGCUUGACAUUCCUAGUAAGUGUCAUUUGCAGUCUAACGCACUCAUCAAGCAAAUAUUAAAUACAAAGUCUCCAAGGCCUUUUAAAAUUG